AGGUCUCUGAGGCAGCUAUGGCAGCAGUUCCUGACUUCAGCAGCGAAGUGACAGCUUACCACAGCGAUGAGAAUGAACUGUUCUUUGAAGUCGAUGGCCCCAAAAAGAUGAAGUAUUGCUUCCAAGACUCGGACCUCUGCCCUCUGGAUGAGGGCAUCGAGCUGCAAAUCUCCCACCAGCACUUCAACAAGAGUUUCAAGCAGGUGGUAUCGCUCGUCGUGGCCGUGGAGAAGCUGAAGAAGGAACUGGAUCCUUGCACAUGGGCCUUCCAGGAUGGCGACUUGAGUGCCUUCUUUCCCUUCAUCUUUGAGGAAGAACCCAUCAUCUGCGACACGUUGGAUGACAAGUUGGUGCCUGACGCACCUGUCCCAGUACGGAACUGCACGCUCCAGGAUGUGCAACACAAACACCUGGUGCUGUACGACCCAAUGGAACUGAAAGCGCUUCAUCUCAACGGAGAGAAUCUGAACCAACAAGUGGUGUUCUCCAUGAGCUUUGUACAAGGAGAAAAAAGCAACAACAAAAUCCCUGUUGCCUUGGGCCUCAAGGGGAAGAAUCUGUACUUGUCCUGUGUGAUGAAAGAUGAUAAACCCGUCCUGCAGCUGGAGAGUGUAGAUGGCAAACAGUACCCAAAGAAGAAGAUGGAGAAGCGAUUUGUCUUCAACAAGAUCACCAGCAAGAGCACGGUGGAAUUUGAGUCUGCCCAGUUUCCCAACUGGUACAUCAGCACCUCUCAGGCAGAGCACAUGCCUGUGUUCUUGGGCAAGAACAACGGCCAGGAUAUAAUCGACUUCAGCAUGGGAUUCAUGUCCUCCUGAAGACCACACCCAGUGGGUCCACAGCUGCUGAACAGAGCCUUGACCUCAGCGCUGGAAGAAGGGGAUUUGAGCACAACCACAGGCUGAGCUGACUAUGACCCACUGACAACCAACUGUCCUCCCCAAGUGCUAAGGAGUCCUCUUGCCACCCACUGGGCAACCGCGCACUCCUCCCCCUACCCAACCCUUCCUGCUUCCUCUAAGCCAGCCUGGCAAAAAGCAGCACAUUCUGCUCAAAGACUCCCUCUGUCUCCUAUUGAGCAGGCACUUUCCUAUUUAUUUAUUUAUUGAUUGGUUGAUCUAUUUAAUUUAAUUCAAGGGGGACCAGAGGCAUCAGUACCUGUGAAAGACCCUAGUCUUUAAUAUUUAUGGAAUGAAUGUAAUUUGGACUGGUCACUAUCUGCACCAAGUUUUCAUUAAGACUGAAAAUAGCUAAGCUCAGAUUAUGUAGGUGAAAACACUGAUGAAUGAGACGUAUGUUCACUCUGUCUUGAGAGCUCUGAAAUAAAUUUUACUU